AGCGGUAAAGGAAUUUCUUGGUUGAGAGUUUCUCUCAAGUUGUCAAGAAAUUCGAUCUAUUAUUCUAGAUCACUAGACUAAGUCGUUGCUAGCUACAACAGCACGGCUUCAGGAGUCAGUAGUUGUUUUAACGAACAGGUUCGAUAGUUUGUUCUUACCCUACAACUUAUUCGCACAAUAAUUCAUUUUCAGUUUUUCACUAGAUUUCUGUACCCAAAAUCCAAUAAAAUGUCGCAACAAGAGAUGAACAAAAUUAAGCAGGAGAUUGUCUCCAACCCGGGAUCGCCUCUGGAGGAGGAAAAGUCCAGUCCGGCGGAGGAAAAGAAGAACAGCAGUUCGCAAAAAAGCGACAAAAACACCCCAUCGAAGUCCGAGCCCAGCCCGGCAAAAUCGGAUAGGUCGGCCGGAAGUGAAGAUGUGCACGCUCAGGGAGAGGAUGGUAUACAUUAUUUUCACUUGAAGAUGUUCUUGGUCUCCUAUUCUAAGUUCUAUUUGAUAGCACCCUGAAGAUGAUGACCCUGUGCAGCACCGCUCUUCACAUUCGCAUGAUGUUCUUGACAAAACAGUUUUCAAAUUCGCCAAAAAAUCUCCAGUCGCGGCCCUGAACGAGGAAGCGGAGGAUGGAGAGGAACAGCAACCUGAGCUGAUGGAAGACUUAUCCUGUGCAAAAGCAUCGUACUCGUAUUGCAAUCAUGCAUUACAAAUCUUUUUGCUGAGGUAGAUCCGCAUUACAAAUUUUAUUUCUCAUGCUGAGGAAAUUUGUAAUGCAUUCAUACGAGUGCGAUACUUUUGCAGUUCAUAAGAUUCCGAGGAUGACGAUGACGAAGACAUGGACGACGAAAUUCCGGCCGACAGCGGCAUUGCCGCGCUGAUGCAGCAGCACGACAAGUUCAAGACCGCCAAGGAAGACAAGACCUAUCCUGUGCAAAAGUAUCGUACUCGUAGUAAUCGCAGUCAUGCUUUACAAAUCUCCAUCCCAAGGCAAAUCAGCAUGACAAAUUGCAUUUCUCAUGCUCUUGCGCUAAUUUGUCAUGCGAUUCAUACUAGUACGAUACUUUUGCAAUGCAUAAGACCAUGAAGAAUACGAAACUAAUGUCAGAGAACAAAUCUAAGCCCGCGAAGAUGGGCGGGGGAGAUCUACUUGACGAUGGCUACAUGAUAUGGAUUGCAAAUUAUAUGUCUGGGUCUGGAAACUUGUAAUGCUAAAAGUGAAUGAUAGACGCACUGCAAUUAUACGCAGCUACGCAUGACAAAUUUUUUGGCUGACAUGUCUUACGUAUUCCGCAUGUCAAAGUGCGUUUUUGCAUGACAGGCAAGAGGGCCUUUUCGUGCCUAUGCAACACAGAUUCGCGUGUCAUGCCAGACAAGCAUGACAAACUUGUAUUCUUCCAGACCCAGACGUAUUUGCAUUUGAUACAUGAGCCACCUGUACAACGCGAAUGGCGAGAUGAUGCACGAUCCGAAGGACAAGAUGUCCUUCGCGGACGAGUAUCCUGUGCAAAAGUAUCGUACUCGUAAUGCAGCAUUACAAAUUUUUUUCCGAAGCCAAAUCCGCAUGACAAAUCCUAUCUUUCAUGCUGAGGAAAUUUGUAAUGCAUUUAUAUAUACGAAAGCGAUACUUUUGCAAUGCAUAACGAAGACAGGCCAG